AUGCAACAAAAUAACUAUAACUAGGCAUUCAUCAACUUAGUUUCUUUUCCACCCAUUCCUGGGGCAUGUAAGUCUUCCCUGGUGAACACUCAGGGUCCUUGGCACAAUAACAGCUGCAGGAGAGAGAACCAAUUUGGCAUAUUUUGAGUGAGUAAAAUUGACCCGCUGAUCAAAAUAUUUCUUAUCACCAUAUGAAUUCCCUUUAAAAUCAAUACUUUGUGAUAGUUAUUCAUAACCACUGUGCUAAAUAAAGAUAGCGUGCAAAUUUCAGGACCACUCUAACUGACCUGAUUCUCUACAUAUGCAGCUAUCCAAUCCACCCUAACAAACUGAACAAACUGGUGAAAAAGGCUGGCUCUGUGGUUGGACUCAAGCUGGACUUAGUGGAGGAUGUGGUGGAGAGAUCUACUAUGAGGAAGGUGGAGACUAUUCUAAAGAACAUGGAUCACCCACUUCACAACACUUUGAUGGACCAAAGGGCCAAUGGCGGUGGAUGGCUCCUCUCUCUUCGCUGCAGGACAGUAAGAGAAGAUCUUUUGUGCCCACAGCCAUCAGACUUUAUAACUCUUGUGUAAAUAGUAGAUAACUUUUAGAGACAUAUCAAGUGAGACAACAGACAAUUGAAAUUCCCUUUGGGGAUUAAUAAAGUUCUUCUUAUUCUUAUCACUAUUGGUGAGUGAAAAUCACCCCGACACGUGCCUGUAGGAAAAAGCAGGUUUUGGAUCAGGAAAACAAAUAUGCCCUCAAAGAUGUCAAAAGCAAUGCUGAAGCUACCCAGAGACCCAUGAUACUCAGACAAAAGCAACAUAAUGAAAAUCACAUAAACAUGUUUGGUCGGGUGAAAAUCACCUGGCGAAAGUGUUCUAGGACUUAGAUAACUUAUGAUGCUUGUGUAUGAGCAACAAAGGACCAAAAUUGAAUGAACACAAAGAUUGAAAAUUAUUUUAUAGUUACUGUCAAUGUCUGAACUUGCUGCCAGGUGUCUGGUAGGCGUCAAGUGAAGAGUUUUAUGUACACUACAGAAGACAUCAUCAUGCUCCUCAUCUUCCUCUUCUAUCUGUUAAGUUUCCAGGGUCACUGUGGGUAAUUAAUCUAGAUAUCAGCAAAAGCAUGAUAAAUUUUAUUACUUUAUUUUAGUUUUAUUUUUGCCAAGGAACAUUGCCAAUAUUGGCGUGCAGCUUGAGUUCUUUACAGCAUCUUUAGGAUGGUGUUAACAUGAAAAUCAUAGUUUUUGCUGUGUCUCUGUCUAAAGCUGUCCUCAGUAGAAGUUAUUAAUGAUAUUUUUCAACAAUUAUGCUUUUAAUGUCGAGUCUUAAUAUGGAAAAUAUUGGGAAAAUUGACUGUUGCAACUUAAAUACAGGGCUUUGCUGUACUUUUUAAUAAUUAUGAAUCUAAGUGUACACCAGUAACACAUGCAAACAUCAUGGCAUGUUGUAAUGAUUCAAGCACAGUGGUCUGUCUGACGUGUGUACAGGCAAUAACCUUAAAACCUUUUCAGAAUCAAAGUUAAGUCAAUUUUUUUUUCUGUCUUUAUUUUUUGAUGGUGAUAUUAUUUAAUAAAUCUAAUUAAUGUCAUAUCUGUUCAUAAAAAAUCAUACAUUUUGGGAAGCACGGCAAGGAUCAUGCCCUAUCAUAGCUGGUAUAAUUAUUGUUGUGUGGACUAUGUGAUAUGAAGUACAUUCAUUCCCAAAUUCUUCUUUGCCACGCUAUUAAACUCAGCCUUCGGAUUUGUGAGAAUACAACAUCACAUGCUCUUCCUUUGAUAGAUAUCAGACGAAAUUUUCUUUCUAUCUGACGUAUGGUUGGUUGUUAAAACUAUUCUGUCCACAAGAAAUCAGGAAAGUAGCAUUUUUAUUUCCAAAUAGCAACCAGUUAUUGACAGUCUUAUUCUACGUGAAAUGAAGUCUGUAGUAUUACCUGAUGCCCACUAGGGGAUGGUGUCUGUCCACAUUUUGCUGCUGGGGUUGUAGCGUCACAACACAUCAAAAUGCACUGUGGUGAAAAUAUUUUUAUACCUAUAUUUCACAGAUGUUAGCAUAACUUGGACAUUGAAACAGACAGUGAAAGUGUCAGUGCUUUACAAUGUUUGCCCAAAGACUAUUCUUUGAUGAAUGUCUCUGGGAAAUUAGAGCUUGGUUUUAUUUUGACUUUCAGGUUGAAAGCCAAAAAGGUUGAAUACCAAGAACCUGGCAGUAACCCUUCAGGAAACAUUUAUUUUAGUCGAUGAAUUGAAUUAGAUAGAUAGUGUGAUUUGAGGGGAAGGACAACAAACCUUAAAAGCACAUUUUAAAAGCAGUGCCUUUCGUGAGCGGGCUGUAUCAGAAGAGAUUUGAUAGUAGCAAACUGGCCCAGAAUAAUGCUUUCCUGUCACCUAUGAUUAUGCUUCCCUAAGGUUUCCUUUGCAAUAGGGCUACACUUCUUUCAUUUUCCCCAUCUAAAUGAGAAUUUUGCAAAGGUAAUUCACUUAAACUACAAGCAGCUCUGCAGUGACUCAUAUCUGAUAGUAUCAUGUUGAUAAAUCCGGUUGUGACUUUUAGAGGUAAACCUUAUAUUUCAGUUCCAAGAAAAUGAAGCCUGAGAGAGUAACAUUUUGCUAUUCCACUGUGUUAUUUAUGAAUAAAAAAAUAAAUAUAUACACAUGCGCCAACUGUAUCAUAACUUAAUCACAUUUCAGCAGAAAGAGAGGAGGUAUGAACAUGUAGUUAAACCUGAUCAGUAGGUUGAAGUUACUCGCCACUGUGCUUUAGCUCUCAGGCUAGGUAUUUUGGACUUAACGGUGUCAAUGCUGAGCAACAAUGUAUUGAUUUGCCAUAUAAAGGGACCAUGAAUGUAGAGGGUGGGGGUGCUUGACACUGUUGCCCAAACUUAUAUUAUGUGUGCAAACCUAACACAGACUACAGUGAGUGGUGGUCAAGGAUUACCUAUGAAACAAAAGACACACUCAACCAAGUAUAUUACAGUAUAUUACAGUAUACUCAUCCACAUGUGAGUUGAGAAAGUCUUGAGUUGGCUGUAGAAUAUUACAAAUGCAUGCAAUAAACUCCAACAAACUACUUGGACUCAAUGAAUGCGCAGUGAGGUCAAGGACUUGUUGAUGUAAUGUUUCCAUGAGAAAGGUUAAGGUUCCAGUCUAGCAAACAUUGUAAUCAUUUUUAGUUGGUAAGGAGACCAAAGGGUGGUGGUGUAGAAUUAUUAAGAGUAAGUGGAAGACACAAAAUGUGGUUGACCUUUUUCAUUCUGACCCUACAGAGGGAUAUUAUUAAGCUGAAAAGGUGAGAUUUGAAAGGCCAGGACAAUAACAGAAUUGCACCGAAAGAAAGCACAAGAAAAUAAAGGUAGGCUAGAUACUUAAGAAUAGAUGAGACACUUGUGUAUCAAAAUCCUAUAAUCAGCCUUUUUGUGUUUUAGUGCCUUCUCCACCUACGUGGACCUCACAACAGGUCAAAUCACUUAGUAUACAUUCUUGGUUUGUAAUUAUGCUGCAACGCUCGCUUAUUGAUGAGGCUGUAUUGAGGCACUUACCCUCAACAUGUUUUUACUGUUGCCGUGUCAUGUUAUUGAAGACAGCAGCUGUAAAACCCUUCACCAAAUGCAAUUAGACCUCCCAGUGUGUUACUCUGUGAGAUAAAAGUUGUCACCGAUGGACUUAUUAAUUACACCAGAGUUCGCCCUCUUUAAUCCUGACCAGUCAUUAAUGAAAACACACAGUGCACUAAUAUGUCAUGUUGUUUUUCACAUGUGUAAAAUAGAUGGCCCUUCAAUGUAGAAGAUACUGUAGACGGUUUGUUAUUGAUUGCACAUAUAGUGCCACAUCCAUUUUAGCGAAGAGAGGGGCAUGUUAAAUGAAUGAGAGGACAUGUCAAAUGAGGAAUGCAUCAUAGACCUCAGUGCUUAAAUUGCAGUUAAUAUAUUCUAGGCUCAUAUAUAUAGAAAUAGGUGACCUAUUCUUCAAGGAUCACAGGCACAAAGCUCUUCAAAAGGUCAGAAGAAACUAAAACAAACAUCUUUGGUUGAAUCCUGAUUGUCUUCUCAGCCUUGUUUUAUGAUUGAGCAGCUGACGUGUCGUUUGUCACAGCGGGCUUAUGUACGCACUAAUAAAGAGGCAGAUUGCUGUUGUCCUCUGUGAUUUAUCCUGCUCUUCUGCCCUCCAUCUGCACCAGACCAAAAGUUAAUUAAAACCCUGCCUUGUCUCCUCAUUCCAUCCCAGACAGCAAGAGCAAAUCAUCUCCCACCAUUCACAGCCUUUAUUAUUUCUUUAUGAACAACCCCCGGGUUAAAGUCAAAGGGUGAGGCAUGAAGGCUUUACUACCUUUCUUUUUGCUGAACUUCAUUUUAAGAUGUAAAUGCCUGCAUGUUUUAUUUCUGUCAUCCCAAUUGGACACUCUAUUACAAAUUGUUGUGUGUGCAUAACCGAUAGCACGAUCCCUAUUAAACUUUACACCGACUGGCCUGUCUAUGAACGGUAGUUACAUAAAAUUAACAGCACAGCAGAAGUGAAAUUGAACCAACUGAUAGUUCCUGCCCUAAAAGCUCCACUUCCCAGCAGAGUCUAUUUGCAGAUAAAGUCAGCUUCUCGGUUCACUAAAACUGUCCUUAUCAACAGCGUUAGCGAGCAAGAGGUGUUUUAAACAACAAGCACCAGAGGUACUGUGGUGUUAGACCUCUGUCUUGUGUCUGGCUCUAGAGGUGUUUAGAUGUUUAGCUUUGGAUACCUGAAGCCAUUCCUCACCCAGCCCUGCUGCUGAUUCACCACAUACAGCAGGGUCGUUUGUCAGAGGAGACUGCACCAUUCCCACCAACAAGGAGCGAUAGUCAAUUUUCUUCAAGGGAACAGUGAGUAAUUGAGGAGAGACAGAGAAAACGGUUCACACCCAGGACACGGGGCCUAUAUAGUGAGUGUGUCAAAUGUCAUUGCAUCAUCCGAACACCUAAGAGGGAUAGCAAGUUAUUUACAGACAAUCUUCUCAGAACUAGAAGCUGCCAAAAAUCUUCACUGAGCCCGUGUGGUUUAUCAGUCGAGCCUUUCAGCAAGCCUGUUUGUAUUUUUGUUGCUUGUUGUUACGAUUGCAUGAGAGUAAAUCAGAAUGCAAUUUCAGCAAUAAUCAAAAGCUAAGCGAACUCAAUUUUUGUGGCCAAUCCUUUCAGUGUAUUUGCUGUUAAAGUUCUUAUUGACCAAGAUACUUUAAGUUCCUGUUCUGUGGUGUGUUUUGUCAGUAAUGGAUUGCAGUUUUAUUUUUUUAAUAUUUGUUGACUGUGAAGUUAUAUUUUUAUCCGACUGGAGUUAGAGUACAUCAGAAGAGUUGUGCAUUUGUGUCGGACAGGUGGCUGUAAAUACGAAUCAUAAACACAGUAUUGCGUCCCCAGUUUAUCAGUAUCCAAAAUAAAAUCUUCAUAUAAACCAUACACAUACUGUAUGAGCAUGGCCCAACAGUAUCAGGCUCGGUCUUAUCGGUCAACAUUUUUUAUGGCAGGAGUGAUUGCACCAGAAAUGAACACCUGUGCACAGCCCUUCACACUUCUUUCCAAUGUGUAAUAGGAGGUUUUUUUCCUAAAAUUGACAAGCAUCUUGAGAAAUCAGCCUGCAGUAGAUAAUGACAGGCUUUGUGGUUCUCUCAGUACCCUGCAAAUUCUCUGCACCCAGAAAACCUUUUAGAAAAUGAACUGAAAUACAGAUAAGAUGAGACAGUGGGCGAUGUGGGAUUCUGUACCAAACUGAGAGGAGAACUACAGGUAAACACUGAUGAUCAAUGUUUCGGUUGACAAGAAACAAAACAAAAAAUGAGUGAAUAAAAUUUUGAGGAUUACUGUAUCACUGCCAUAACACGGCAAAAAACUGGUUUCACUAGUUUUUUUUUUUGGCCCCAGUGUCAUUUCAAUCAUUAUCACAUAAAAAGGACACUUGUCAUUACCAUGGGUCUUACUCGACCUCACUAUUCCUCUGAUGAGCCCAGAGGGAGCCGUUACUUUCAAAUGUACCGAAUCAAGAGCAAAUGUCACCUUGAACAGUGGUGUAGCUGUCCCUUUACUUCAGUGCCAAUGAAUAAGAGCUUUAAAUGGAGUCAAGUUCGAAGAGAUACACAAACAGGUGCUACACUGAAGGCACAGUGCAUAACUAUCACGAUAUGUUGAUCAUAGUGAGCCUAUUGACUGAUUCUAUUAUUUUAUUUCAUUCAUUUUUUAUUUUUUAAAAUUAAGACUGCAUUUUCAGUGAAACAGUGAAACAUUUACAUGCUGGCAUAAACAUUACUUGUUGUUAUUAUAGCCAAUUUGCUCUUCUAUCCAGCAAAGCCCUGCUUGUGCAGUUUUCCUGACUACAAUAAUACUUUAACAGAAAAAUAAAAAAAACACGCAUCUUCUGGCUUGCCCCACUCCAGCAACAGCCAUUAGCCACAUACAAUAUGUAACAAGAUAAAUUUUCUUCCUCCUUUUUUUUUUUACCAGUGGUGUUCUAAAUGCAUCAACUUCUGGGUGAGUGCCCCACAUUAACUCUUUUUUUGCAGAUAAUUUCACUCAAAGCCCCUAAAAUUCAGCAUGUUUUAAAGCUUGACUUAACAGUGCAUGUAAACAAACUGACUGAUUCAAAAGGUAUCCCUCAGGGUCUAGAUUGGGCUUCUAACUUACUGCCAUACACAACCUUUCAUUGACAAAUUAGAUGAGUUUUAUUGCACAAAGACUAGAAUAUCCUGCUUGGCACUGUGGUAAGGGCAGUAUCACCAAAGACAGCUGUUUUUUCCGAUUCUUGACCACGUAGUUUUAUCUACUUAAACCAAACUUGUUUCAUAUAAACAAUGUGUUAGAUGCAAAGGGAACUGACCCACAUGCAUGUGUUUUUUUUUUUAAACUUAAUCAACACUGCCUUGGUGGUCCAGUGAGAUGUAAAAGAUACCUUGUGCAUCAGAUGCCAAAGUAAUAUGACAGUGCGUCAGUAUUUGACAACCUGUGAUGAGAAUCGGUUUUGGCACGACAAAAGCAGUAACAAUAAGAGCAGAAAAAUAUGACUCUGAAAAUUCUUUUAUUAUUUAUCAUGUAGUACAUCUUAAUAUUCAUGCUGUGUGCUGGUUCAGUGUUAUUCAUACCCGGCAGCUUUUAAACAAAAUGACAAACAUAACUUCAUAUUUAAGCCGUGACACUGAUAUGGAGUAAAGCUCUGGUCUGACACAUGUUGAUACAGAGUAAAGGUCUGAGACGAGACCUUUUAAAGAAAUACUUAAUGGGGAAGGAGGAAAGCAUGUACAAGUGCACAGAAAAAUAGUUUAAUAGCUGCUCUUGCGCCUUGCAAAGUCAUGUAUAUUUCAUAAGUUUUACAGUGUAAUGGAUAAAUGGACUGUGUUGUGCCAAUCUAAUUUGAUAAGGGUUAUCUGUGGGGUAUCUCUGCUCAGUGGGAUCUGUGGUUUCUCAUGUGGUCUAACCAAGUAAACUGCAGCUUAAUCACAUUCGAGCCAAAGUCUGUUUACUUUCUGGGGCACUGCUGCUCUGGCAAGAGGCAAGAUGGGCUGGUGGAAGGGCUCUCGUAAAUGAGCACGCCAUUGCCAAUCUAACCCUCAUAAUGCUAAUACAGUGUACAAGGCCAGUGAGAGGCCUUGACAGGCUGGCAACAGGGGAAAAGAGACCCUGCUCAAAUCAAUUAGCUAAGAGGACAAAUAUCAUCUAAAUCAUAUCGUGCCUGGCCCUGGGCAACUCGCCUGAGAUGGAGGCAUAUGCAGGCAGAGAUUAGCAUUUAUUCCCUAUGAGCCAGAGCCAUGAUUGAAGUGCUGACAGCGAAGCAUACACUUAUUUUAUCAACGCACAGCUCAGCAGGCACCGCAUUUAAACUGCAGAUCAAACCUCAAAUACAUUAUCGACUUUAUCAAGGCAAAGCUUAUUUUUGCUGCGUAUAAGUAAGUGUAAAGUCCCUCAGCUUUACCCGCAAAUACUGGGAUUCUGAUCUGGAGACCUCUGCAUCCAAGCAGAGGGUGUUGAUCUACAAAUCCUCCUCUCUCUCGCAGCAGAAUCUGUCAUUUUCAAAAACCAUUCUCACCCAAAAAUUGCACUAAUCGUUCAUGUACCUUUCACUAGCAUAGCCAUUCUGUUUCAGAUCAUGCUCACCUGCAUGACUUACUGGAGAAGUCCUGUUGGCAUGAAGUGCAGAGAACCUCUGUUCAGUUACUGCUGUCCUGUCCUAACUUGACAUUUUUUUGUUUCUUAACUUGAAAAAAAAAUGUGCAUGGAUGCUACACUGUUGUGAUUUACUAUCAGCCGCUUGAUGGAGCAGAAAAGGGGUAGUUGCGCCCAACAGUACAAAAAAAAGCAACAGAACAGUCUUACCAUGUACUACUAGCAAGCACAGUAUACAGUACAUACUUUAUACUACACACUACAUCCUGCAGUAGUACAUGGAGGGUGAUUACACGCAACGUCAUUCAUUUAUAUAAGAUUAAACAUGAACUAGCUACAUGAAAUGUGCACACGCACGCAUGUUUGAUGAUCACCUCCAUCCCGUCCUUUUGUCGCAUUUAGCCACAGUUAUCUUUACUUUUGUUGAUGAACACUGGCAGCUGGUAUAUGGCAGAAUUGUAGUUUGUAGAUAUUACUGUUAUUUCUUGUAUUCUGGCACUCAACAACAUAAGACCACUUUCAUAGCUCCCAUGACCCCUAUCACAUCUUGUGGUGAUUUUUGUGUUACUCCAGUUUAUUUCUCUUUUACCUUCAGCUAAUACUUUGACGUCACCAUGGCAUUGCCAAUGGAAGGGUCAAUGCUGUCAAUAUACAGGACAAGUGGCGUCCCAUACGAGACAAUUCUGGCCCAAACCUAAAAUAAAUACGCUCCUCUGCAGGUUUUGUGCACUGCUGUUAACAGGUUUUGGUGUCUAUCAUUUGCAAAAAAUCAAGCUUGUUUUUUCACUCUGACCGAGCUCAAGACAGCUAAAUGACUUUGUAAAUCUCAUGUUAUGUGAGAAGAACUGUGACUUUGAAGCAAGAAAGUUUGUAAGUUGCCCUCUACUUGUCUACCUGUCCUUGUGUCUUCCCGUCAAGUCCUGUGGGUGCAGUCAAGGUGUGGAGAACAGGGAGUGGUAUCAAACAAAGAGAAAAGGUGGGGACAUAUGGCGUCUGUGCUGAGAAGCUGUAUGUGGCAGAUAACAUUUUCCACCAAUGAUUAUGUUCACUGUGGAGGCUGCAAGAAGGAGAGGGUCUCAAGGGGUGCAACAUACCAUCUGGAUUCCUGAGAGCUGUGACACAUCCAAUUUACCUCUACCUGUGGACCAGUCAGGAACCUCUCUGUAGAGCUCACCAGGCCAACAGUCAGAGGGAACGAAGUCAGACUCGACAACACUCACUUUUUAGAGAGGUCAAGCUACUUUCUGCAGUAGGAAAGCAAAGAUUUGGGGCACUUAGUGAAGUAGAGCUUGAAUACAAGAAACUUUAUGAGUAGUUAUCUGCAUAGCAGGAUGAACGGAUGUUGAGCCCAUACGAUGAUAUGUUCCCAUAAGCCUGAGGUGCUGUAAAACUUUUCCUUGAGUUGUCCCCUAUAACAGAUAUCACACUGUAAAUGGAUUUACUGCAUUUUUGGAAUUAGCACUUAUGCUAGGAUAGCAUUAUACAUCUCAUCAAAGCAAGGACGUUUCCCCUCAUCUCUUCCUCUGGUUUAAUGCUGAGGACAGAGUCUUUCAUUCAUACCAUCAUCACAUCACUUGAUCAUUAAGCUCAGGAUUUAAUGUCACAUUUCAUGGAACAAAGACUUCAGUCUAAUGAAUCACUGAACCCUCUAUUAGACAAAUGUCUUCAUGUCACACAAACAAAAGGAUAUUGGAGCCAUAUGAAGCCACAUCGAAGGAAUAAAUCAUCCUGUAAUCAAUUAGAUAACUCAAAUGUCUAAUUAACACUCAAGGGCACGACACAUACAACUAUUUUCUUAAGACUAACUAACAUCAAAAUCAGCUAGUGUCGCUAACACCAGUGUCCCAGGUGCUCCUCACAGUGGCACAGCAGACUGAAAUGGAUUCAAGGCUUGAUUUUAAAUCAUAGAAUGACUGACUAUGGCUUUACAUUUAACUAACAAGCAUGUGAGUAGUGUCAUCUUUCUCUUCUGAGCCUCAUACAAAAAGUAAAUGGCAUCUUACCCUCCAGAGUUAUCCAUUUUGGAGGGUAAGAUGCCGACAAAACUACUACAAAACCACAAAAUUAUCCCUUUGCACAAAAGGCAGACUCUGUCAAAUUUUAAAUCUUUCUUUUCUCACUAAAUUAUUUUAUUUGUUAUGGUGAAGCUCUGGAAGGGCACAUUGGAUAUUUGAUACAAUAUUUAGCUGUUACUGACUGACAGGUUAGUAAGUACAUGCAUCUUUGACAGAGACAACCUGAAGUUCGAUUUCCUAUAUCACCUCAUGAUUUAUGAUAGCAGCUUCUAGAGAAAUAUGCAAGACAACCACAAGAUAGGAAGCAGCUGUUGGAGUACAGCUCUGUAGGUAAAAAAACUAUCCUCUUCACCUGGGAGUGUUACCUCUUUGUGGAUUGAUUAAUGGUUGGAUUUACAAGUGGACAACAUAGCCUCUCAUCUAAUUUGUUUCACUUAUUUUGGAGUAACUACCAGCCAGGCUGCCUGUGGUUAGUUGAUUAUCUCUACCCAGCAUCAUUAGCAGCCAGUCCAGACAGACACUCGGCAAUCAGUCACAUCGCCAUCUGAGCCCAGCCCACCAUGAUGAGCUCUGUGCGAUGAUGAGGCCCUCUGCGGUCCCCUGAGUACCCUGGAUGACAGAGAGGCUUCAUCCUCUCCAUCUCUCUCUCUGGGGAGUUGCUUUGAUGGUAACACAGACACAGAAUUGAAUCACAGAGACAUAACGCUGACCAAAUGUACUGAUGUCAUUAACCCAAGAUACUGUAUCCAGUUCGCCAAGCAGAACCUAGCAGCCUCAUGACAGCUGCAGUCACAUACAGGUCAGAGACAUGAAUCACACAAAAUUUGGUCUUAUAGUAAAGUUUCCAGGUACUCUCAAUGACUGAACCGCUAUUUUUAAGGGGAUGCAAUGUUUGAGAUUUGCCACUUCAUAGAUUUUUGACAAAAUACGCUUUUGGGACAUCUAUGCUGGAUAAGACUAAAUUAAGUCUAAAUUUGUUGAACUGGUGGGUAACAUGUUUCCCAUCUCAUCUUACAGCAGACUCAAUUAAGUUCUCCUUUUGUAAAGAUGCAUCCUCCCACCAGGACCCCCUCUAACUGUGGUGUAUUACCCAUCUCCCAGCGCUGGUCAGGCCCAGGUGGAUCAUUUCCAUGUCCAGCGCUGAUAGGCAUUGAUUCAAUCCACACUGCUUUGACCCCACUAUGAGCCCCUGGAGAGGAGUUUAGGGCCCAAAGUCCAAUACCAUCGGAGAUGCACUGUCAGUUUCACUCCAUCAUAAUUACUGUAUCUUUCAGCCAUGACCAACAUCUCCUCUCUAUCCUCUUGGGUUACUCAAAUUAUUUCAGGAGGUUGAUAGAAGUAUGAGGAUAUUUAAUGCGGCAAUUUCAAUGGCAGAGAGGAAACAAACAGAAGAGAACUGUGUGGAGUGUAUUAUUGUAACAGACAGCCAGGCUAACAGACAUCCCUCCUAAAAGGGAAUAUUACUGCAAUAAAUUUCAAUCAAGGAAAUAACAUCAAAAUCUGAAUAAAGACUCUCAGUUUUUGUGAUAAUGUUAUUUGAAGUUUGAUAUGAUCUUAACAUUACUUGCUACUAAUAUUCAUGGAAGGUUAUCUUAAUGCUUAGAAAUGGAACAUCUCUUCAAUUUAGGAAAAUGCUUCUUGUCUGUUUUUGUGCAUAAACAUAAACCAAUAAUCUAAUUCUGCAUCAUCAAUCUGUAGCUCACAAUUUUUUGUUUCUCCACUGGUCUGGCUCAAGGAAAAUCUACAACAUAAUGCUUAAAAAUCAAGUGAUUUAUCUGUUAUUUUCCAAAAUUGACUUGCAUGACAAUUGCUAACAUUUUGUGACACAGCAGCAGAUAUUUUUUUGUUUUGUAAUAUAUUCUUUAUUAUUUAGAAUCAUGAAAACUUUCUGCCUCAAUGUGUCAGACUUUUCAUACUACCAUGAUUCAUACACAUACACCGUAUGUGAAGACAAUGUAACUGAGAAUAUGAAAUUGAAUACUGUAAAUCCAAUGGUGUCAAAAGUGACCACGCUGUGACAUUGAGGAUUGAAAUCUUUUAGAUCUUAUAGAGGCAGUCACAAUUCUUAUGAUGCAGUGACGCAGUAAUUUUCAGAAUAUAGUGGUGGAUUUCAGUCCGAUUUGACUCUUUUGAGUGUUUCAGUCAAGAUCAUAGACUGUAUGUAGAAUGGACAACGUCUGCCUCCUCACUGGAUGAAGGCACUCCUAGAACAGCACCCUCUGGUGACGUGCUGCGGUAUAGGUCAAAAGUCCUGCCUCCGCCAGCCAUCCUUAUGGGGCUGUGGACAAACUUUAGGAAUUUAUUACACAAUGUAUAAAUUUUUCUCACCCCUACUUGUGAUGUUGGCAUGUAGUUAUUGUAAGACUGGUUUGUGCUCAAAUCCUCUUUUUUCUUUACAACGUCAUCUUUAAAAGUUAUUAGGGGUUCAUGAAUUUCCGAGAGCUUUUAGCUUCAAAUCUGUAUACUGGCAAAAGGCGGAACCAAGUUGUCCAUAGUAUAUACAGUCUAUGGUCAAGAUUCAGCCAGAGGAACUCAGUUUUUGUUUUGGUCUAAUUUAAGUCUGUGUUUAUCUUGGCUAAUUUUAGUUGAUGUUUAAACUCACUCUCAGUCUUGUGUCCACAGGUCAUCUCUUUUUGUUAUGCAAGUUGCCAGCAUGAGCUUUGUUAGACUUUUGAUAUGAUAGCAAAUGGCUAGCUAGUGUUUGCUUCAUACCAUAGACUGUAAACAGACUUCCUACAGACAUACACCAAGUGAAAAAUCCUCCAGUGAAACCAAAAAGGAUGAACAAAGGUGGUGAGAAUUUUUGCCAAAUUCCACAGGAGGUGAUUGUUAUCAGCUUCCUUUUGUUCACCGCUAACUCUUUCAACGAAAGUAGCAGAGAAAGGUGGACAGAGUUUACAUGGUUUUGUUUUGACCCUGCUCUUGUCCUAGACACACCUCUCCAAGCACAUUAAGAUUUCAUCUAGAGCGGAAAGAAUCAAUUCCAGUCAGCUGUGAUUGUGAGAAAGCAUGUCAGUAAAUAGUGCUUAUGCAGGAGACCUCACAGUGAUGAAUGAGGUCAGUUGUAACAGUUAACACAAAGAAAUGAGAAGGUGUGCUUUGUUGAAACUUUCAGGUAGACUUGCACAUUGAGACAAACUGAAACCUGCCGAUAAAAAAGGCCCCGCAUAUGCAUUGAAAAUACAUAAACACACAUUCAACAAUCUGACACAAACUCACCCUGUUACCAGAGGAUCAUAUAAAUGCCACAUGUUCAAGUUCUUACUUUUGACAUAAAACUUGGAAAACUCUUUCAACUUUAAGUCCACUUUAAAACUGUCUUAGUUGGCUAAAACCACCAGCCAAGCCCAUUGACUGUGGACCUGAGGAGAAGGCCACCUGUAAAUCAGACUUCUGGGUGAAUCCGAGAUGGCCUAGACCAAUUAAUCCUAUAAAGAUUAGUGGGGCAGCACCACACGACAGAUGUGGUUUAUAACCCCUACUGAGCUGUAAAAAAUGUCACCGCGGAGUACAUUCAGGAGGUCACAUUAAGCCCUGCUCUAUCUGCAGGUGUCACGCUAGAUAGUUUAUCUUCCUCAGUCCCGCUGUAUGACAUAUUGGACAGAACUCUGGGAGCGGCCUCACCUUCCUGUCCGUCACUGAGAGGCUGAAUGCAUUAAUGAGCGGGCUAAUCUGUCUUCUCCAGAGACUAUCCAUAACUGACCGCUCAGUCUGAUGAGAUAGAUAUGGACUGCUGAGAUAAAUCCUUCCAGUGGCCAAUGACUGUGUUCUAAAUUCACUAUCUUUCCCAACAUGUUUAUCAUCUUUCAAAGAAAUAGCCGGCCAAAAUGCAAUUCCACGUGGACCCUAUAUACCCCUGAUGACAGGGGCAUGCCCACAUAUUUCACAGCACCUUGCCUUGACUUAUGCAGUGGUGGCAUGGGUGUAACUGCACACACAAACAUGUUUUUAAAGUGUUUUUGAAAUAUUAUUGGUGCAAUGCAUCAUGCCUACACUGACCACAAACAUCUCAGUUUUACUUUUUUAUUUUGAGGGAUAAAUCGACGAAGAACCACCAUAUCUAUCUUUAAGUGUUUGUGUUACGCAUCAAAGUACUGGCAUGCAGUCUAUGUCAGUGUACAAUACAGUCAAUGGUAUACUGAUGAGUGGGUUUUAAUGAAAUACGACAACAGGCAGAGCAUUAGCCUGUUGUAACUCAGACCAACAAUUUAGGGAAGGUCCAGCAUCCAGUUUGAAAUAGCGAAGUUUCAACUUGUUAAAAAAAAUAAGUGGGAAACUUAAAAAUGACUCCUGUGGCUAUUAUUUUACAAUGAUAUUGUGUUACUUUAUAUUAAUAUUUACAUGAGUACUUGGUUUAGCUGGUCUCAUCUACUCUCCUCCAGCAGCAGCUUGUUUGUAGAGAGACCUCAGGUCAGUCCAUUACAGACUGAUGUGGGGUGACACAGCUCAAGGAAGAACAUUUAUGAUCAUUUCUUCAUGGAAAUGCAGUCAGACCGAGACGCCAAGGCAAAAGAACUACCGUGUCUGCAGUGCAAAAUGAUUAAUAUGGUGAUAAUUACUUCAAGGAAAUGAUAAAGAAAUGAUCAUAAAUGUUCUUCCUUGAGCUGAGGCACCCCGCUGGGGUCUGUAAUGGACUGGCCCAAGGUCUCGCUACAAACAAGCGGCUGCUGGAGGAGAGUACGUGAGUUGUGUUUAGUCUCUUUGCUAAAGAAAUCAGGCAAAGCUAAAAAGAUGUUUGCUGGCUAGUGCUGUGGAUAGGACCCUAUAUGUACUGCUGAUGAAGUUAGGUGCUGUUCUGAGCAUUAUUUGUGGCUAUAGAGUGGCUUUUUGGUUGAGGUUUGUUUAUGGCUUCUCGGACCGCUGUGUAUUGCUAUCGUGUGGCCGUUACUAAAGUUGGUGUAACUAGAGAAACAAGCGGUCGGCAACAUUCAUCUCUCGAGGGGGUGUCUAACUUGGUGUUAUGGUGUGUUUGACCCUAAAUUACUUUUGUGCCAGAAUAUCCCUUUAAUUACAACGCCUAUGGUUGUAUUCAAGCCAUUGUUUUUUUUAACUGGUUAAACAAAUAAUUAGAAAUACAAGCUGUCCAAAAUGUUCAGAAAUGCAAUAUUUAUCACUUUACGAGGAACUGUUAAACAGAAUUAACUCAAGCACAAUAACAGCCUCUCAUCUGCAGUCAUCCUGUAGUUACAGUUUAUACAUGUACACAUGGAUAUAAUUCUGCUAAGUAAUAACCUUCUAUUUUUUACUGUGUGUGACAGCCCCUGCCUCUAUGUUGUUCUUACACUGAAUGUCAAAUAUGUUAAUUUGAACCCUGCAUGGUGCUUCAAUAUACACCCCAAAUCUGAGCAAUAUGCUUUUUGACAUACUUUACAUGUCAAAGUUUAAGUGAAACAAUAAAAUCUGAUAAGUAGCUAUCCAGUCACACACACACAAACAUUUGUGCGUUUACACAUGAACAUAAACCUGCAGACAAAAAACUCCUGACAGUAUCAAUAGAUCAGGUUGAAAUAAUAAAAUGCAGGAACCAACAAGAUGGGGUUUACCCCCCUGCAGGCAUUGGUUGGUUGGGGAAUCGAUAUUCUUACAUGAGAGUGAGACUCUCUGGUACAGAAGCCAAGCACUCCUGGUAAUGAACUGCCUGCUUGAUAUAUUUCCCUCACAGGGCAGGAUUGCAGUGGUGCAACAUGGUACUGCAACAGCAGCAAUUCUUUGAUUAGCUAUUUCUCUCCCAUCACGCCUCCCUUGGUACAGAGGGAGAUCGCUCUCACACACACGUACACUAAAUAGUCUGUCAACAUGUCAGCAUCUCCUUUGUGUUAGACUGUCAUGUCGUUCACUCAGCUUUCCUUUGAGUGGCAUCAUCUCAUAUCAGGUUUUUGUUUUAUCAUACUCUCUGAGGCGGUUUAUUGAGAGCUGUUUUUGUUGGUCUAACCUUUUAUCUUGUACUUGUAUGUUUGAGAUGCUCGACUUUGAGUAAUAUUAAUGCAAUCAGGACAACGUUUCGAUAGUGGAGCCACCCUCAGUAUUCAAGAGCUGCACAGCUCUGUCUCCCAAUGAUUUCAGACUUUUUGUUUCCCAACAUGGGACAAGUGGUAGAGACACUCUCAAACUGUCCUCACAAAGAGUACAAGCAAAUGCAAGUUAUUGUUUUCAUAUACAGCUGUAUCUGACUCUCCUGAAUUGGAAUGAACAUUAUUUGUUCUCAAGACCCUGUCAGUCUGCAGAACAUCUGAAGAAUGUUUGGAAGCUGUUUCCUGUUUUUAUUGUAUCCACUGAGAGUAAAGACAGGCUUCCCUCCAGGCUGAACUUGAUUAAGAUGAGUUAUGGACAUGGACUAAAGGCUGUUUCGGCUGAUAACAGAGCGCUUUAUAUCCAGAGCAAACAGCAGAGCCGCUGCAAACAGACAUAAGUUAUAUGUACUCUUUUAAGGUGUAUGCUUCCACCCAUAAACUUCCCAUUGCCACAUAGCUCAACCUAAGUCACAAAAUUGUUUACCAAUCAUUUAUACCUCUGCAAUAAGGUGUUCAAGGAAAUAUCCUUCUGAUAUGUUUCUAAUCUUGACUGAUAUUUAUUGUAUUUAUUUUGUUCCCAACUCACUACAGGGAGAUCCAUCAACUUGUUAAGUUUAAAGUACUCUACUUAAGUUAGAAAGCUUUUCUCAUCACCAAUCUUAGUUUUUGUCGAUCUUCAAAUUUAAUAAGCUUUAAAGAUGACUUUCAGAAAAGCAACAGUGACAGGCAGUAUUGAGGGAUAGAGAAGGAGAGAAAUUCAUUCAAAUUUAUCUAAUUCAAAAUUUAAAAUGAAACCUAGAUUAAAACCAAAUACCCCUCAGACCACACCUAAAACAGUCUCUGAAUAUAUAUGUCAUGAUACACCUGUCUAUCCAAACAUCAGCGAUAACUCCCUGUUAAUGGUUGUCAGUUGUUGUUUGAAGACUCAAAAAGCAUCCAGGUAUUUUGUUUGUAUUGGGAAUUUCACAGAAUGUGUCUGUAAUUCACCACCGAGAAAUAUUAAGUAACAGAUGGCCAUUUACAAAAUGAACUGGCAGCGGUUCAUUCCUGAAAUCAUAUGGGCUUUAUGUUUUACCACUCAUGACUGUACUACAGUUUGUUGUAUAUCACACAUUUACUGUCCCUGCUGGUGCAUACAGGAUCCAUUCCAGGCAUUUUGCCCACUCUUCACGCUUUGAUUUGUUGUAAUAAAAACACACAGCCAGAGAACAGAUGUCUCAAAUAUGUACAGAGUGUCACAAAAUUGAGUAAUGUGGCCAUUUAUUAUGUCAUCAUUUUACUAUAUUUCUCGGGUCUCAAGGAAAACAAUACCCAUCUCUUUUACUCAGACUGUGCUCUUUAAUUAACAAUGAAGUUAACACAGAACUAUCAAAAUCUGCCAACCUUUGAAUAGCCAGAGGAGUAUUUUAUCCCCCACAAAUCCCACAUAAAAAUCCAUUGGGCAACAGAUAUUGGGUUGUUAAGCCUGGAAAAAAAGAUCAUAUAUAAGGGAGCUGUUGGCGUCGUGUUUUGGUAUGUUUACUGCAGGACUAACGAAUUUCUUGAGACUGUCUGGCCAUCGAUGACCAGAGAAGCUAGAAAGAUUGGAUAAAUUUCCCAGUGCUUUGAAGGAUUGUUAAUAAAGUUCCUAUUACAAUCCCAGGGCUGUUUCUGUUAGCUUGAUGGCAGUCUGCUACUUCAUCUGUCUGUCAUUUUUAUAAUUUGGCAACCAGCAUAUAGAGCCUCUACAAUUAACUCACAGAAUUACUGUACACUUAUUUAUAGCAAGAUAUACAACAUCUAUAUAUAACAUCCUAUGUAAUCCACAAGGAGCCUGUUUUGCAUGACUCUGCAGUCCAGGGAGGGUUUGACAAAGUAGUGGUGCAGCAUUCAUAUUUUAUACCCUGACAACUAAAUAUGUUGUUUUACCUCUGCUGCCUCUCUGCAAUAUGUGGAGUUGGUCAGUUUUGUUGUUUUCUCCUUUUCCCCUCAAGCCCAAAAACCCUCUAAAGGCAUAAAAUAUGAAAGCCUUCAGGUUGGUAAUCAGUCAUUUGUAUCCAUUUCAUCAUUCUGCCCUAUAAAGCCAGGUGGCACCACAAAAUUUUGUGUUUUACCUCUGGUGCUGUCCUUCAUGAUUUUGUGAUAAAAAGCCUUUUGUACAGGUGAUCGAUGUCUGUUGAGGCCUUAUUGAUGCUGCUGUUUGUUUCAGUGUCAAGGAUCAGGUCACAGCAAAGACUUGAUCAAAGAUUUGUGACUUGGUCGACCGUUUUGAAAGGGACACAGUUCCCAUAAGCUGGAGUUGAGGGAUGGCAGACCCCUGACUCCACCCUUGAUUCAUUUCUUUAUCACAGAAUUGGAUACCCAUUUUAGAAUCGCGUGUUUACACCCUAAGAAGUUCAUAUUUUAGAGUCAAACAGAGGGUCAUGGUCUUAAAACAAAUUAUAAGUAGGAAGUUUGAUAGAGAAAGCAAAACAAAAAUAAAACUAGGCUCUCAGUCCAGCACAAGGCAUGAUUGAAAGUGAUGCAUAGUGGGCUGGCCCUACAGUAAACAGCAGAGAUUCGAGACAAGUCAGUAAGACACAGUCUGCUGCUUUAAGUAAAGAGGGUUGUAUCAUAUAGUAAAUAUAGUUUUACUCAUAAUUCCAAUAACCUUCACACAUAUGAUUCAACAAACAGAAGAGUAAAUCGCGCUGUCCACAGCCCGGUCCAAUCCAAGCUGAUAAAAGACAAGCAAGGGUCAAAACCUAAUCAGCUCCGAUUGAUCUGUUCUCAAUGACCCAGAAAAGAAGUCUUUGGGUUUCAAAUUUAUAACCCCACAGCAGUCCUUGAGGCUACUCCUCAUGCCUGAUACAGUUUCUUUACUGGCCAUUAUAAUGAGGCUUUAAGCAGCGUGGUGACUGUAAAUCUGCUGGGCUACGAUUGCACUGCUUCUGGUCUGACUGGACCUCAGCACACUAAAUCUCACAUCCUGGACCAGAGAAUAAUUUACCGUCCACUCCCUGAGCACGCUUGCCAGAGCAGUGUGAAGUCAGCAAAUGAUCACGGGUCAACAGGAGUUGUCACUAAUGUUUGUUGGUGGGAAUAGAAUUAGGUCCAUGUGUGUAGAUCAACAUCUGUGCUCAGGUGUCUGGAGUUGUAUAUCUCCGAGUGUAGUUUGACCUGUUUUCUGUUAGCAGAAGUAUCCAGUGCUGACCAAAACCUUCACAUAGUACUUUUUGUUUCCUUGAGAGCUUACACAAACUUCUGACUAUUGUGUAUCCUUAUUUAUACAUCUCAAAUCAUUAGGGUAUGGGGGCAACAAGGGUUAAAAAAAGAGAAAUAUGGGCCACACUUUCGCACUGACUGCACUUCCACUACUUUCCUUCUAAAACAAACUAACAUAUUUGUGUCAAAAGAUGAAAAUAUUCGACAAAAAGUCAAGAGAAUAGUGCGAUGAACCAAAACCUACAACUGGCAACAGCCUAGACGGACCAAUAUCUGAUCGCAGUCCCGGUACAGGACCAGCAAGACUUGCUUGGGACGCAGAGAGAAGCGCGCGGGGGGCAGGCUGCUGCGCGUCCGUGGUGCGUAAAACGCCUUUCCUCUCGUGGAGACUCUAGGACCAUUUGUGGGUCGUUUAGUUGCAAAGUAGCCACACGACACGGCAAAAGAUUCUUCUAACUAGUCAAUUAUCUGUUUUUUCAUACCUACCAAACUGUGGGGUGUUCGGCAUGUCCGAGAGGAAGAGCGCUGGACACCAGAGCUCUGACGCUUCAUCAUCGACAACUCCUGCUGAGCGGAUGGUGCCGAAAAAAUGACUCGGGCUCUCCCCAUCCUCCUCGCUUACUUUUUGUCUUUGCUGCACAGUAAGUGUGUCUUUCUCAAUGUUAUGUUGUUGUGUUUCCAAAUGUAUUUGGGAAAACUGUUUCUAUGGAGGGAAAAGAGAGUCCUUCAUUUAGCGUCCCAAGUCAGAUAGUAAAUGGUGUGCAGCUAAGUUCUGUGCAGCGGCACUAACGUUUUGUGCAUGUUUAUUCUCCUCCAAUGCAUCACGGAAACGCCACUUUUACUUCUCCACGAGAUGUUUGAAUUAAUACUGAAAUUUAAAAAAUGCCUUUUCUUGUAUCAAACUAUUCUCUCUUGGAUUGGUCUAACAUUAUGUAUCUUACUGUUUAAUGUUAGACAAGCAGGAAUGCGAUGGCACUUUUAUAUUCCAUGGGACAAUUUGAUGAAUCACUUCUGCUUUUUCCUGUGGCCUAGUGAUCAUAAUAAUGCACAUGAGAAUAAAUGUAGAGUGUGAUCAAAAUCAACAGGCUGCUAUAAUCUGCUAUAACAUGAAGAGGUAAAACAUAUAAGAAGCAGCUUUUUAAACCCUUAAAGUGAAUCUCAGUACCAGGAAACUUUGUGCCCAUAUCCUUUCUUUAUCUCUUUCACAUGUCACAAGUUUGCAUAGUGAGGUGAAUGGGAUUUCUCUUUGCUUUAUUAGAUCACAGGAUGCUAAAAAAGCCGCAGUACAGUUGUUCCUGUACAAGCAAUAAGACAGACAUGAAAUCUAUUUUGCAAACUUGUAUCCAUCAAAGUGAUAAAGCUGUCUACCUUCUGCUUUUUAUGAAGUAAAGAGAAAGAAAGAGAAAGCUACAACAGUGUGUCUGAUCAAUCUCUUAAUACUACCAUGAACUACCUCACCAGGAGUAAGAGAAAUAGUGUAUUCAUACUUUGAAUCCACUCAUUCAACCUUUGCCCUGUUCUGCUUCAUUCACUUACCCCAUUACGCUCCCAGGACUCAAACUGUAUUAGAUUUUUGUAAAAUCAUGUUUUCAGCGUGCCGUGACCUUAUCAACUCUACAGUGGCUGACUCCAGCAUCAUAUUAACACGCCUGACCUCAUUCUCAAUCAACAUAAUGCCAACACAACACUCAUUUUACACAGUCACUCUACGUACACAUACUGCAUAUAGCCUACACCCACCAGUGGCAGUUCAUCAGUUACCACAAAUUUGGAUAGUUUGCAAGAGGCUUAACUCCUAAAGAAGGUUAGAUUUUUUUUAAUGGUUCUGGUCCCUGAAGGCUUUGAAAAAACACUUAAGUGCUGUGAAGGAAAAUGACUUAUAGGGCAUCGGCAUAACAGCGUGCUCUGACCCCGUGGGCCAAAUCUGGCCAUGCACAGCUCCAGAAAGCUUCAGGAUGUCAAUGACAUAUUGUGAACUUGGCAAAAAGACAAACACCUAGGUUGAAGGUCUUUCACAAACUUUAAGGAAGGAGAUCAAUUUUUGCCUUCCAGAUAUUGGAGCCAAUAUUUGACAUUUGGCCAAUUAUCCUAAUCAUAUUUUCUAAUUCUACUGAUCCCUAACAAAAUUAAUAAAAGGUAAAAUGACUACUUUGGUUUCACUACUUGGGUUUUUUUUUCCCUUUGGGUCUGUUUUCAUUCAUCAGUUACCUCAUCCAAUGUCCUGCCUUCCAGUGGCAAUGCUAGGGUUAAUUUGGUCCCCAGGCAAAAGCUUUAAGGAGCCGUACAACCAACAACCUAACACAGCGAAAAAAGUGUUUUCUAACGUGAAUAUUUUUCUAUUCCUCUGAGGGCAUUGUUUUCACUGUAAAGCUUCUAAUAUUUUAGUUACACCGAACAGAAUACACCAUAAUGUGAAGCCUCUGGAAAUAAUGUUAUUUAAGUGUGUCUUCCCAUACUUAAGGUCAGAGAUGCAGCAUUACUAGGCUGUAUUAUUAACCUUUAGCAGGUCCUCCAACAACCGUCUUGCUUUCUUUUCUCACUCCCAGAUGGAAACUCUUCUUUGUUUUUUCUCAGUGGCUUUUGUUUUCAAACUUUUAACAUUUCACAGGCUCUUGCAUGUGCAAUGGGAGGAAGUGGUUUCCUCUUGGGUCACCUUCUUCUGUCAUUAAAAAUUGCUUAUUGCCAUUGCUGUGUAACCUUUGUUGGCCCUCAUUGGUUCAAGGCCCCCUUGCUUGUUGCUUGCUGCCCAAAACACUGCCUGACAUGCAAGGUGUCAUACAAGUGUGUGACAUAGCUGAACUGUAAGUGUAACUGGUUAGCUCUUUACUCCUGUAUGUGAUGUUGGUGGUUUUAAGUUUAUUGGACAUUUUGCUAAAGGUGUUUAAACAAUGCUGCAUGUUGGUGUUUGUAAUAUUCCAAAUCUAAAUAUGAACAAAAUGUUUUUGAUUUUUACUGUCAAUGCACAUCAGUUUCAUGAACUACUAAAGUCUGUAUCACUCUCGGUGCAGAAAAGCCGAUAUCAGUCAGACAUAUGGUACUUCUUAUACUGCAGCAUCACAUACAGCUGCACAAAUGCUGACUCUCUGAGCCCCGGUAGCCAUCAAAAUCCCCCUGCUAAGUACUGACGACAGCAGCAUUUCUCCCUCAGUGGGUCCAUGAGUAACAGCCUUACCUCACUGGCAUGUUUUCCAUGACAGAGUCAUCUCAGCCAGUGCAGGCCUCGAGUGGACAUUGAUAAGCAGCUCUAUGUAAGGAAAGUGGAAGAGCUAGUGCUACAUGUAUUCAUUCUGCUCCAGCUGAGAAGCACUGAUCAUCAGUUUCAAUCAGCGUGUCUUCACAUUUGACAUGGACAUCAUUUAUCUGAGAGACAGAGAAGAGAUGGAGGAUGUGUCUCUGUUAGCUUCUUAUUCAGACAUGCUUUAACGUUCAAAAAUGUGGGUUAAAGCAUGAGCAGAAUUCCUAACAUGCAAACUAAUCAUCUACCCACCUCCAAAAUGUAAUUACUUGAAAUGACUUUGCGGCCUUUUGAUGUAAUUUCCAUCACACAGGAAAGCCCAGCUUUGCAGCUGCCAUUUUCCAAAGGACCUUGAAAGUUGUACAUGCAGUUUGUAAAGAGCAGUCUGAGGAAGUUGGGCGAGCAGCUAAAGGAGGAAGGUGCUUUGCCGAACAGAUUUAAUUCCUUCUUUAUGGUGUUUGAAAUUUCUGGCACAGAGAGAGUCUAAAGUUUGUGGCAAGGAGGAAUCAUGUUGGAUAUAUCGUUUUGUUGUUUGUCAAAAUAAUAAAUGCUUGAACAUAUGUGAAGAUGAAAUAUAAUAUAGCCUAACUCUGUUUAGUGUGGUUAGAUUGUCCGCUAGGCUAACCAGCUGACCACACUUAACCUGUGGCUGAUACAACUGCUGAUGACGAGUACUUCACACAACCCCAGUUGGAAUAAACAGAAACAUCUCUCUAAACUUACUCACUGCUUUGUGUUUGGUUAUUGUGACAUAAUAGUUAGCCUUUAUGCAUUUUAUUUCAUCAUAUGGGUUUAAGUUAUUGUGGGGUCUCAUAUCUGAACCCUUAGGACAGACAGUGAUCAACACUAUUUUGGACUGUUGGGCUCAUCGUGGAAUUCAACUACAGCAAACUUUCCCAAUCAGGUUUCAAUCACCGAGAUUCUCAACUGGGAGUUUAGCAGAACCUUGAGUUUGGCAGAGAUUUCCUAAAGCCAGAAACAACCAUGCUCUGAGGAGAAGGUGGCACUGGAGACAUAAGAGGGUUUGGCUGACAGGGCAAACCAUCAAUACCUAUUGAUAAUCAAUUAGCCAGUGAAUGAGUUGAUUAACUCUCAUUUUUCCCGUAGAACAGGAUUCUAUGUGUGAUGGUAGCAGGCUGCAGCCGAUCAUCCAUCCAUCGUACUUGAGAUGCUGUUUAUGCACCUAAAUCUCCAGUGAGACAGUUGCGGCUGACAACAUGCACAACAUAACUUAUUAUGGCUGCCUACUGCAACCUCUCCAGGGGAAGCUUACAAUUAUCCUGACUCAAGAAGAAAACGCAAAGAAGUACUUCCUGGACUAAAAAAGAGGGACACACAGCCAUUCUUUGAUAAGAAUGGGUUAGUGACAAUUAAACAGAUGAAUAAUACACACUGGACAAAGCUGACAGGCCAGGUAUGGUAUGUAGCCCCAAAACAGUAAUAGAAUACUACCCUUUAAAAUCUCUAGCCUUACUUGGAUGGGCACUGAAACUAUUAAACAAAACACCAUUUGUUGAAUAACUUGUUGUUGAAAAAGCUGCUAUGAAUAGAGAAAUGUUCAUCAAAGACCAAAACAGUUGUUGUAAAAGGUUAUAAAUGAGUUUGUUUUACUGUAAAUCAUGUUUGUCACUGGGUUUAACGGGGUUUGGGAGGUUAUGGAAUCAUUUUUUCACUGUCUCUUCAACAACCAAUUCUGUAGUUAAUUAAUACAGCUAAUAUAUAUUAGAAAUAUGUGAUGAUAUAAUAGAAAUAACUACCCACUGAGCUUUCUUUGGUCUAAAAGAGGUCUUAUAGACAUCUAAAUGUAGCCAGACGAUUGGUCUAAAAUCAAGCUAUCACAGGUCGAAAAAAGAAAGUUUUUUAGACGUCUAAAUUUAGACCAAGUUUAGACUAGCCAGCUAACAGAGCUAUAUCUAUACUACACUGUAAAUUGCUCAACGGCUAUCAUGAUUAUUUUGGUUAAGUACUUGGAGAUCUGUUAUGCAACUCACAGUUGCUUUUUUAAACAAAUAGUUACUGAAUAAUGGGUUAAAGUGCAACGUCUAAAUUCCAUCUAAAAAUGUACAGAAUCUAUACAAUUGAAAUUAGGGCUAAAAAAAAAUGAGGCGUCUAAUAGUUGCCUAUUGCUCAGUGGGUAAUAGACAAAAGAAACAUGGACACAUCUUUUCAUUUUACCUAAAUCAUAACAUAUAGUCUUCCUUAGCUCUUAUAGAUUUGCACAUAGCUAUCGUAACUGAACUCCAUUUUGUUACCAGGUAGCAGUGCUGCAGACUCAGAGGAGCGCCUCAUGAACUGGCUACUGGGAAAGAAUCGCUACAAUCCGCUGAUCCGGCCAGCUGUCAACAGGAGCGCCAGAGUCACAGUGAAGCUGCAAGUGUCUCUGGCUCAGCUCAUCAGUGUGGUAAGACCUCAAAUACUCCUGCAAUGCAUGAUGAUAAAUGCAUAUUUAUUAAUAUGUGUGUAAAGGAGAAAAUAUGUGCUGGUAUAGAGCAAAAGUGAGACAGAGUGAAAGAAAGAGGAUGAUAGAAAAGACCGAUCACCAGCCACGAAGCUUUAAGAAAGCAGUUAAUUACACAGCAGCGUGUACAGAGGGAGGCCAUAGCUCUAAACAAAUGGAUGAAGUCGAGGAUAGAUGUGGUCAGCUGUGAUCUCUGCCUCUGUCAUGUCCAGAUUGAAACUUCAGCACAUUGGAUUAAAAGGGGCCAUAAAGCUGUUUUAGCCACAGUGAUAGAGGCUCUCCUCUGAUUUACAGCAGACGCUCCUCUCAGCUGCAGAUCAGGCCAGCCAGGGUUCACUCACAGCCUCACUUUAUGAGUUUUCAUUGCAUUGUAUUACACUGCAGUAAUUGGGGUUUGAUGUCAAGUACGUUGAUUAGCAAUCGGAGAGGUAAAUGCUGUUUGUUUCUAAUCCUUUCUUUAAAAAUGGAUGCUAGACUCAAGAGGAGAGACAACUGUUAUCUUGACAAAUUUUUCUUAGGGUAAUAUUUUGCUUUUUUAUUUGCUAACUGCUUUUGAUCCUGGCAUUUGUCUUUUUUAUCCAUCUGUGUAGUUAUUUGCUUAUGCAACAAUUCCAAUAGUAAUUCUUAUCUCAUUUGUACAUUUCCAGAAUGAAAGAGAACAGAUCAUGACCACAAAUGUCUGGCUCACUCAGGUAAGCGUGAUGAAGCUCAGCGUCAUAAACUCCCAUUCUGCUUGUGUCUUGAUAAACCCUUCCAUCUGAAGAUGUAAUAAACCACAUCCUUUCCUCUUCUUCAAAUGUGGAACAAACAGCUUCUGUAAUUGUGCUUUUUACAUUGGUCAUUACUGAUAAUGAAGCAUGUAAUGAGAAAUGAGUUGGUCCUGAGGGAGUGCAUGGAAUCAGAUUCGACAGCAUGGUGUCUCUCUCUCUCUCUCUCUCUCUCUCUCUCUCUCACUCUCUCUCACUCUCUCUCUCUCUCGUCAGCACUGGGAGGAUUACAGGUUAUCAUGGGACCCUGCAAAGUAUGAAGGUAUCGACAAGCUGCGUAUUCCCUCCAGACACAUCUGGCUCCCGGAUAUCGUUCUGUACAACAAGUAAGCAACACCGGAAAGCCUUUUUGUUAGAGAUUUGUAAGAUUUGCUCUAACUUUACACAGAUGAUCAUUCUUUGAUACAAUGAUUAGUUUUAAUGUGGAUUUGAGUUUUAGUUUGGAUUUGACUGUCCUUGUCUGCAAAGAAAAGCUCUCUCCCCAUCUGCCCUUUGACUACAUGGUGAAAAAAUACAAACUCAUGUAGGUGUGUGUGUGUUUUAUGGACUGGAUAAAAAGACAGACAGCCUGUCUCCACUUUUCCCUUUGUGCAAAAGUGGAACAAUAAUUUCCAGCAGGAACGGGUGCUGACAUUUUGUGCUGAUGCCAGUAUUUAGAGAUUUGGAUAAGGGGUGGACCAAUCAUCAAUUAUUGGCUGAUAUUUGGUAUUUGGCCAAUCAUUUUGCUGAUGGCCAAUCAAAUCAAUCAAUUCAAAAGUUACUGUUCUUCCUGUGCGUCUUUCCCAAACACCGCUUUGUCUCACUGUAUAUUCACAACACUAUCAGAGUGGCUAGAUGCCAUCUGUACUGCAGUCUAACUGGUGACUUGGUCGACUGUCACACCGCAGUAUAAGAUGUGAAACAUUUUGGUUUGGAUUAAACGUUUAUCAGAGUCAUUUAAACAUUAGUUUGUUAUAUAUCAUCCUUUAAACUUUUGCACUUUUGGUUUUACCAUAAAUGCAUUUUACUUUUAGAUAUUAGUUACCAGUCUCUUUAACUACUUCUAAUUGUUAUCAAUUUAGGUCCAAAAAAUCAAUACCCCUCAGGGCUUGGCACUAACUAUUUUCACAAGGAGCACAUGUUCUCCUAAGUUGAAAAAGUGAGGAGCACAUAAAGAACUUUAGGGGCACAAUGAAAAUUAAUCAAAUAAUGUGUGUCUUAUUGGUCGACAUAAGUACUAUUAUUUGAAAUCAAUUUUAGGUCAAUUGGCCACAUGACAUGGAAGCCAUAUAAGGAAAACCUGGUAUUCCUUAACACUGUUGACAGUCCCUUAUUCAACGUCCAACAUUGACAGUGAGGAUGCCGAGUAGAUUUAACCGUGCUGCUGCUGCAGAUCGGCAGUGAAUGUCCAUUGAAUAUCCAACCUAAAACUUACUUCACCGAGGUGUUUACAUAAAAAAACAUUUAUUGCCUCGGCUGAUUUUUUUUAUGCGCACAUGUGGCCCUAAAUACAUUUUACGAUUCGCACACAUCUAUUUUUGGGAGUGAAUGCGAGUGAAACGGUCACACUGUUGAGAGCUGCCCAUAAUUUUUUAAGACCCUUUCUUGAAAAAAAUCCAAUAAGCCGGUCUUGAUCAUUAAAUUAGUCUGAGUUCAUGACGACCAAGUCAUAAUUCAAAGUCCACAUUAUCAGUGCUUGAGCCCAAGUCAAGCCACAAGUCUUAGAAAAUCUGAGCAUGAUUUGGACUGGGGUCUGAGUCCUGAGGUAUAAAACCCUCCAGAGGGUAACUAUCAUAACAGAGACUAUAUUUGAGAGCAAAUAAUAUGAUGUGUAUUGAGAUUUUUACAUUUUGGUUUCAUUUGUCUUGACUUAUGGGGGGCGGUUAAUGUCAUCUAUCCUUGUAUACAGCCUAUGGUGUGGUACAAAUCUGUAAAUGGGUGAAACCAAGAACAAAUAUAUGAGCAGUAAAUCACUCAUUUCAAACAUAUAAAACAGGCAAUAUUAGUUUUUCUAACUAGCCUUAGAAAUUACUUCUUAAGUUCUUUCUGUCUUCUUCUCAUAGUGCGGAUGGUACUUAUGAAGUCACAGUCUUCACCAAUGCUAUAGUUCUCUUCAAUGGCAGCAUCAACUGGCUCCCCCCAGCCAUCUACAAAAGCGCCUGUAAGAUUGAGGUCAAGCACUUCCCCUUCGACCAGCAGAACUGCACCCUCAAGUUCCGCUCCUGGACUUACGACCACACAGAGAUUGACCUGAUCUUGAAGUCUGAGGUGGCAAGUAUGGAUGAUUUUACCCCCAGUGGGGAGUGGGAUAUCUUAGCGUUGCCAGGCAGACGGACCGUCAACCCUCUUGAUCCUACCUAUGUGGACCUCACUUAUGACUUCAUAAUCAAGAGGAAGCCUCUUUUCUACACCAUAAACCUGAUCAUUCCCUGUGUGCUUAUCACCUCUUUGGCGAUCUUGGUUUUUUACUUACCUUCAGAUUGUGGAGAGAAGAUGACCCUCUGUAUCUCUGUCCUCCUGGCUCUCACUGUGUUCCUGCUUUUAAUCUCAAAGAUUGUCCCUCCGACUUCGCUGGAUGUGCCCCUGAUUGGCAAGUAUCUGAUGUUCACCAUGGUGCUGGUGACCUUCUCCAUUAUCACAAGCGUGUGUGUGCUCAACGUCCACCACCGCUCCCCGAGCACCCACACAAUGCCCUCCUGGGUCAAGCUGAUAUUUCUCAUCAAACUGCCCGCCUUACUCUUCAUGAGGCGCCCUCACAACAACUCAGCACGCCAAAGACUCCGCCAGCAGAGAUGUCUGAGGGCAAGGAGAGCAAUUCUAGGUGUUGGUUAUCCAGUGGCAUCCAAAGCAGGUAUCACCAUGUCAUCAGCUGCCCUGCUGUCUUCAGAGUCUGCUUUCUCCACACCAGGACUCAAAAAUAUAGCUCCUCCACUGAACCACAGCCACUCCUACAAGAAAGGAGACCUGCGCCACAACGACUACCUUCCAAGUUGUUUUACUUCUUCACAAGAUCUCCAGCAGAGCAGGAACUCAGACUGGUCCUCUGAUGUUCAGGAGGCUGUGAACGGGGUUCGCUUUGUGGCUGAACACAUGAUGGGAGAUGAUGAUGAUCAGAGUGUAUGUAUUACCUUUUUUACUUUAUUUUUUUAACCUACUGAAUGAUUUUAAAAAUCAUUCAAGCAGUUAAUUGUGCCACAAACAAUAACUUACACCUGAACUGAAGUCAAUUAGACACAUGAAGAUUUUGCGUGAGAAGGGACGAUUUCUGCUAAGGUUAUAAAUUUCCAAUAGAUUUUUACUUUAUGGAAUACAUGGUUUACCUUAACUGGCCAAAUAGUUAAACUUUUCAAAUGCACUUUUGCUCGAUUAUAAAUAUAUGGAGUGCAUAAUAGCCAUCAGGGAGUAUUUCAGAAAUUUACACCGACAACUGUAGACCACUGGUAAUCAUUAUCACAAUGCUAGCAACCUGAGUGCUGAGUGCACGGUUUCAAACUAAUGACCACUGUACAAAUUCUUGGUACUUGAAGUAAACUCUUAUGGAGCGUGAGAUUGAAGGUUUUUAUUCUAGCAUCACUUGAAACAGCAGGAUUCAGUCCCUAAAUCUUUCUCAUUCCGCGCUCUUCUAUGAUGUAUAAUCUACUGCCAAUAUUUUAUGUAAAAAUAGUAAAAAUAAAUAAAUAAAUAAAUAAAAACAUAAAAAAUAAAAAGCAGGGCUCAUUCUUUAGCUGGGCUGAUACUUACCCCCUAGCACUGGUUUAAGACAUUGAACUAGAAAAAAAGCAAUAAACAUUGCCUUUCUUGUUGCUAAUGGUCUUUUUGCCUUUGUAUAUCGCAAAAAGGCAACUAUAUGAAUUUUAAUGUAUUUUAUAUAUGUCAAAAAAGUCCUCAUUGCAGCUUUAACGUAUCGGAUGGUUGUUUUCCACAUAUGGUAGACAACAGGCUAUCAUUUAGCAACAACCACAGAAAUGUAUUCUCUGCCACUUGAUAUAUAAACUCAAAUUGUUUAGAAGCUGCAAGUCUCAACUUAAAGUCAUUUCCUGUCAAAGCAGCUCCAAAGAUUUUAAGAAUCAGGCUCCACCGUCAGUCAGUGUCACCAUUCAAUAUCCUGAUCCAAUUCACCAGAUCAAAGCCGUUUGUGUUGGCACGAUAACAUUUACUGAAGACUCUGUGACCUCUGAAGCACAUGAAGGAAUACCACUAACCAUAAGUAGUGCUUGUGACCCAGGAAAUUAACGGCAGACUCAAGGUAAAUCAAUGGCUUUCUCUGAUAAAUCAAUACAAAAAGGAGGAAACCAGGGAUGAGGAAUGACUCGUUUCAACAACUACCAAGGACAACACUGGAAAUGAGGUUAAAGGGUCAAUCAUGAUUUUAGUGUAGGUCUGUGCAAUAUGGAAAUUGCCUGUAUACAGGGGGAUCCAUCAACUCUGGUCCCAUUCAAAAUUUACCAAGUCCUCAGGAGAAGUUUGCACAACUGAUAGAAAUUGAUGAAAUGCAAAUUUAAAAAGGAGACUGUGUGUUCUAGUUCAAGUGCUAAAGACACCACAGAAGACUUUAAAAAUAUUUACAUGAUGCAUUUAAGAUGUUUCAUGAAGGUUUCAGGAUGCAAAAAUCCUAGAUUCCCUCAUUGUUCACUCAUUUAUUCACUUAGUUACUCUCUCUGCCAUCAAGUGGCUACAAAAGGACACUGCAGCAUUAACAUCAGACCACCAGCUCAAUCAAAAUUCACGGUUAAUUUUGCUGCUCUGUCAAACUUUUUUGUUAAAUACAAUGUAUGCUUGAGUGCAUUUUUCACAUUGACGAAUUUAAACAUGAUAUCUGUCUACUUACAGGUGAUUGAAGACUGGAAGUACGUGGCCAUGGUGGUGGACCGGAUGUUCCUGUGGAUUUUUGUGAUAGUUUGUGUGGUGGGAACUCUGGGAUUAUUCCUUCAGCCCAUCUUCCAGAGUCAUAUCACUCCGAGUCAGCAGAGCAGCUCAGAAACUCCUCGCAUCUGAUGAACAACACAUCGUACUUUUUCUUUUUAGUGAUCAAAACGGUUACUGCGAAACAGUCUUUCUAGCAGAUGCUGGUCUCAGAUUUGAGUUGUGUAACACUGUCAAACCUCACCCAUAAGGCAUCUUAUAACAGCUUAAAAAAAGCAUUCGAAAUCACUUAUCAGAGGAAGAAACUGGAUCUUUUAGCAAGCUGGAAUCUGGAUGAAAUAUCUGUUAAUAAUGACCAACACAUGAUCUGCAACAAUACAACCCUCUGCAGUACUUGAUAUUACAGAAAUCCAUAUUAAGAAGACUUCAAUGUGACGUGACUGCACUGAGGGAAUUUUAUCUGGUGUUUAUAAAGACUUCUGCCGUAAUGGGCUGAAUAAAGCAUAGACUGCACUGAUAUAGUAUCUACAACCGCUGCAGAAAUAUACCCUCUAUGACUGAAAUAUGAGGAAAAUCUGUCUGCUGUCAGAUUAUAUUUGACUCUUUAUUUGUCUCCAAGUUAAAAUGUGAUGUGUGAUUAAAGAAUGGAUAAUAAAGGUAAACUGUGUCCUCUUUCAGUUUGAUUAAAUCCAUGAAACCACCAAUAAAGUCUCUAAAUUGUCAGGGUCCUGCCAAAGUGCUUAGUUAAUCUUUGUUGCCUGUGAUAAAGUUUAUACUCAGAGCCAAUACGAUAGCUGAAGAUGUGCCAGUAAGAACAUUUCAUCAAAUAGGUAAGACAGCUGUUCACUGGAAAAUGUGUGACCAG